AAUCAUCAUACACACACACACACACUCGUUGCAUAAUCAAAGACCUUCAACUUGCUCUCACUUUCUCAACACCAAAAAAUGGCAAACCGUGCCGAAAACCAUCCCAUAUUGGUUUCAAAAAUCGGCAUCCUAGGAGCUGGAGUAAGCGGCAUAGCAGCUGCAAAACAGCUAUCACACCACAACCCUAUUGUUUUUGAGGCCUCAGAUUCCAUUGGUGGAGUUUGGAGUCAUUGCUCCUAUAACUCCACUAAGCUUCAGUCUCAUCGUCGUGAUUAUGAAUUCACUGAUUUUCCUUGGCCUCAAAGAGACAAUCCUGAUUUUCCUACCCAUUUGGAGAUACUCAAUUAUUUGCACUCUUAUGCUAAGCACUUUGAUGUGCUCAAGAACAUAAGGUUCAACUCCAAGGUGGUGGAAAUCCGCUACACAGGCAACCGGGAAGUUACCUGCUCUGGAAGCCUACUUCCCGGUUUGCCUGUGUGGGAAGUUGCUGUGCAGACCAAUCACUCAGACACCAUUCAGUGGUAUGGCUUCGAGUUGGUUGUGGUUUGCGUUGGAAAAUAUGGGGACAUAGCGAGGAUUCCAACGUUUCCACAGAAGAAAGGGGCAGAGGUAUUCAAGGGAAAGGUGAUGCAUACGCUAGAUUACUGUAAACUUGACCAGGAAGCUGCUACUCAACUUCUCAAAGGGAAAAAGGUUGUGGUCGUAGGUUUCAAAAAGUCAGGUCUUGAUUUAGCCAUGGAAUGUGCCCAGGCAAACCAAGGACCUGAAGGACAACCUUGCACCAUGGUUGUAAGGACUUUGCAUUGGACAGUUCCCCAUUACUGGAUUUGGGGAUUGCCUUUUUUCUUGUUCUUCUCAACAAGAUCUUCCCAGUUUAUCCACGAAAGACCAAACCAGGGCUUACUCAGAACCCUUCUAUGCCUCAUGUGUUCCCCACUGAGGCGUGGAAUUUCAAAGUUUAUUGAGUCCUACCUUCUAUGGAAACUUCCAUUGGAGAAGUAUGGGUUAAAACCAGAACACCCCUUUGUGGAAGAUUAUGCAUCUUGUCAAAUGGCCAUCAUGCCAGAAAAUUUCUUCUCCGAGGCUGAAAAGGGCCAAAUUGUCUUUAAGAAGGCAUCAAAGUGGUGGUUCUGGAAUGGAGGGAUUGAAUUUGAAGACAACACUAAGCUGAAUGCUGAUGUAGUUGUUCUCGCAACUGGUUUUGAUGGAAAGAAAAAGCUCAAAACCAUUUUACCUGAGCCUUUUAGUAGCCUGUUGGAGUACCCUUCUGGUAUUAUGCCUUUAUACAGGGGAACUAUCCAUCCAUUGAUUCCAAACAUGGCCUUUGUGGGUUUUGUUGAGAGUGUCUCAAAUCUUCACUCGUCAGAGCUACGCUCCAUGUGGCUUUCUGGACUGGUAGAUGACAAAUUCAAGCUCCCAAGUGUUGAGAGCAUGCUUUCACAAACACAUAAGGAGAUAGAAGUGAUGAAAAGGUCAACUAGGUUCUAUAAGAGGCACUGCAUUUCAACUUAUAGCAUCAACCAUAGUGAUGAAAUUUGUAAAGAUUUGGGGUGGAGUUCCUGGAGGAAGAAGAACUGGAUAUCCGAGGUAUUUGGACCCUAUAGUAUUGAAGAAUAUGCCAAGGAAGAUUGAAUAUGCUUACAACCAUUCUCUUAGUGACUACAUAAAUAGUAGUAGAAUAAUAAGAAAAAAUAACUGUUUGUUCUCUAAGAAAGAAUUGUCUAAGUAGUUAAAAAUGCGGGAUGAAAAAUUUAAGGAUAAGUUUCAUAUGAGAAUGGUGGGCUAAAGUUUAGAUGCUCAAGAGUCACGUUCCAUACAUGUAGUUAACUCCUUCAAGGUUACAGCAAUGUUGUUCAAAUAAAUCAUAUGUUUUGCUGAACCUUGUUUCAAAUAGCAAAUUCAAAUGAUAUAGAAAUUAUAAUGGAUGGUCACUUUGUCAA